AUGUCUCAAUCCGCCUCGCCCUUUCCUACACAGCCAUCAUUCUACUCGACGCCUCCGAUGUCCCACUCGGCCCUUAAUGCUGAUACGCCACCCCCACCACCUCCGAAACCGAACAGCCAUGAUGCGAGCCGCGGAGGCACCCCCCAGAAUACCUCGAUGCCACCGCAACCAGCCAGCUAUCAGCCAGAUGCCCAGGCCUGUUACCAGAGCCAACCAAUACCUCUACCGGCACCCCCAUCAAUCGAAGAAGGUUGGGUUCCAGAAAUUGUCAAGGACAAGUCGUGCGCAUUCCAACCCCAAACCCAACGCAGGCCCCAACCAGCUAACAACCCCAGAACAAUCGAUCUUCAAUCAAUUCUCAAAGACCCAAGCCUCAUAGUCGCCCUCGCAAAUCAACAUCCCUCCCUCACAUCUCGUCAAGAAUACCUCGACACCCUAAUACAAACGAACAAAGACCUCGUAAUCCGCCUCCUAGAAACGCAGUCCCACGUCGCGGAGCUACGCGCCUCAACCGAGAAAAUGCUUCUCACACAUCAGUCCUUAGAGGUCUCAUGGCGCAAAAAACAAACCGAGAUGGACACGGCGCUGGCCCCGUGGUCGCCUAAAGCUUUAUACCAGCGCCUGAGCGCCGCGAUCGCGGAGCAGGAGGCUGUAUGUCAUGCGGUGGAGGAGAGUUUCCUUGAUGAGGAUCAUCAUGGUCGGGCGACGGAGAAGGAAAUUACAGACUGGGUCAGAAGGGUGCGGAAUGAGGCUUCGAAGCUUGCGUCUAGGAAAGAGGCGAAGGCGAGGUGGGAUGAGGGGAGGGUUGGGGGAUGGCGUUGA